AUGCGCGAAACCCAACCCUCAUCCAUCUUUGUCGCGCCCCUGCGCAUUCGCAAGAGUAGCGGCCAUGACGACGAUGAUAUGCCAGACAACGACCGUCGGCCACCUGCAUUUGGUGCCGAUUCCCCCGACGACGUGCCCUCUAGCCCUGCAAGAUUCCACAACUAUCUCAGAGCUCUCUAUCCCUUCCAACCCUCUUCCCCUCACUCAUCCACGACUGUCACCUUGCCUCUAAAUUCUGGAGACAUCAUUCUGAUACACUCGAUUCACGUUAAUGGAUGGGCCGAUGGCACCCUUCUCGACACAGGCGCCCGCGGCUGGCUUCCUACCAACUAUUGCGAAGGUUACGAUUAUGCUGCUAUACGUCCACUGCUGAGGGCUUUGACCGAAUUCUGGGAUAUCGUCCGAUGUGGAGGUGAUUCCAACUUGAAUUUGUUUCGCAAUCAGGACUAUAUGCGAGGCCUAGUCGCUGGAGUUCGUGCCUUGCUCGAGAAGUCCGAAUGCUUGACUCGCGAUUCCUCCUUGGUCAAGCAACAUGAAGCCAUUCGAAGAUCCCGCAAAAGCCUCCUAUCAGACCUCGCCUUGCUGGUCCGUACGGCAAAACAGCUCCAGCAGGUCAUCCUGGCACAUCAGACUCAUACCGACCUCGACAUCAGACUCGAUGAUAUGCUCCUCAAGGCCUUUCGAAUAGUCACACGAGCUGUUUUGUUUUUUGAUGUCUGGAGUGAACAGGUUGCUGGAGUUGUUUCUAGCCCAAGCAGAAAACUCGACCCGUCUCCCGAGUCCUUGAACCAAAAGUCGACCCGUGCCUUCGCGGAAUCGUCCAGCGCGACGACAAGCCAAGCGCCCGCUUCUGGUGCCGACUUUUCAAAACGAAUCAGUAUGACCUCUCCUGGAAAGUCAACUCCGGUCAAACGCCGAUCGUCCGUCGCCCACCGCAUGUCAUAUUCCAACAAGAACAUCCAAAAGAACCCCAACCUCAUAUCCGAGUUGCUACACAGGUCCUACGACGACUUCCUAACCGUACUCGCCUCCUUUCUUGGUUCGCACAUGCAAUCUCGCUCGUCCUCAGAGCUUCUCUUGACAACACAGAAUGCUGUGAGGUCCUGUCGACAGCUCUUUACCGUCGUUGAGGCUGUAAUCGAUCGAGAUCACAGUACUUCUCGGCCUUUGGUCCAGGCCAAGGACUCAAUGUACUAUGCAAUCACCGAAUUGGUACAUGCAGCUCGUCAAGUCUUCAAGCCUCUGCACUCAAUCGAAGACGAUUUGGUCUAUUUACCCGAGGAAGCACAUAACCUCGUGCAGGCUGCUACAGCCUGUGUAAGCGCAGCAGGUCGAUGCGUGGCAAGGACAAAGGCAACACUGGAAGAGAUUGGCGAUUUCGAGAUCGAGAAUCUCAGUCAGCUUCUCGGGAGAAAUUCAGAUGGCUCAAGCACUCCGGAGCCCAGCUCUCAAGGACGCCAGUCACACUCAAACCAGACGCCGUCCACCCACACAGAGCCUUCUGCUCACCCCGGAAGGAAUUCCAAGAACCCUCCCCGCAUAUCCAUCUCGCACGGUCUGCAAACACCUCCUCUGUCUGCCAAUACAGCAGAUUCUCCAUCCACAGCUUUCGGUAGUGUUCCGCCAACCCCCAGAGACGAUGUCAUGGUCGAUCUCAUCCGAUCCUCUCCACUGGCUGCUUCAGCUUCUCCAGACCCACAUUCCACCGCCCUCAGACCAAGUUUCGAGAGGUCAUUGACAGAGGUCAAAUCGCAGAAGCACCCGCAUCGUGUUGUAGCCGGCAGCACGAGUAGUGACAGCAGCUUUGACCAUCACAGUCGCCUGUCAGAUCCCAGCAAUCUUUCCAGCGCCUCAACUCGAGUCACCUCCAUCGGCGAUGCUAAUCAUGGUUUCAGAGAGUUUAUGCCGUCUCCAUCUACUGGCGAUGAUUAUACGCAUCUGCCAGAUGAUGAAGUAGUCGAGGCUGAGAUCCUCACGCAUACCUUCGUCCAGGAACUCGUUUUUAAUAGGGAAGGCUCCAUUGUCGGAGGCAGCUUGAAUGCCCUGAUCGAGCGACUCACCGCACAUGACUCAGCACCUGACGUUAUCUUCAUCUCUACCAUUUAUCUGACAUUCCGUCUAUUUGCAAAGCCUGAAGAAUUUGCCCAGGCUCUCGCUUAUAGAUUUGACUAUGUUGGUCAGACCACCAGCAUUGCAAAUCCAGUUCGUCUGAGGGUCUACAACGUGAUGAAAGGAUGGAUGGAAUCACAUUGGAGACAUGAUAUCGACGAUACCGCACUGCCUGUUAUUGUCGGAUUCGCGAGAGAAUCCGUUGCUCCUGUUCUUCCAAUGGCUUGCAAGCGGUUGCUGGAGUUGGCUGAAAAGGUGUCUUCCGCUAGCAUCCCAGAUGUCCCACGAGUGAUCUCCGUGAUUGGAAAGACCAGCACCUCCUCCGCGACAUACAUUGAUCCAAGCUCCCCUCUGCCAGUGCCAAUCAUCUCCAAAAGUCAACUUGCUGCUCUCAAGACAUGGAAACAAGGCGGUUCACCUGUCAGCAUUCUUGACUUUGAUCCGCUGGAGCUUGCGCGGCAGAUUACUUUGAAGACGUCAAAAAUCUUUUGCUCGAUCCUCCCGGAAGAACUUCUCGCUACCGAGUGGACUAAACGCACCAGCUCCCUUGCUGUCAACGUGCGUGCGAUGUCAACACUGUCUACAGAUGUCUCCAACUUGGUUUCCGAUUCCGUCUUGCAAUUGGAAGAACCCAAAAAGCGUGCCGCUAUCAUCAAACAGUGGGUGAAGAUCGCGAACAAGUGUCUAGAACUGCACAACUAUGACACCUUGAUGGCCAUUGUGUGUUCUCUUGAUUCCACCAACCUCAAAAGAAUGAGGAAAACUUGGGAGGCAGUACCACCAAAGACGAAAACCAUUUUUGAGGACCUUCGCAAGGUUGUCGACAUUUCUCGCAACUAUGCAGUUCUGAGACAACGCGUGCAGUCGCAUCUCCCUCCAUGCUUGCCGUUUAUUGGCGUGUACCUCACAGAUUUGACCAUGGUCGAUUCUGCGAACCCCUCUACACGACCGCUAAACAAUGACGACUCAAAGAUGACGGUCAUAAAUCUGGAUAAGCAUAUCAAAACCGCGAAGAUUAUCUCUGCAUUACAGAAGUACCAGAUCCCCUACCGGCUUACUGAAGUAUCGGAGCUACAAACGUGGAUGCAAGAUCAAUUGAUCCGAGUACGAUCUGCAGGGGACAAGAGUUUCCACCUUCACUAUCGGCGAUCGUUGGUGCUGGAGCCCAAGGAGCAGCAAGCGGGCAAGAGUCCUAAUCCCGAGAAUUCCGGGAAGGACCGGGAUAAAUUUGAUUUUCUGAACUGGGCGCACCUGUUGCAAAAGGAGAAAUCUGUUCCAGUCAAUGGAUAG